AUGGGCGAGCGCAAGGUGCUGAACAAGUACAUCCCUCCCGACUUCGAUCCGGCCAAGAUCCCGCGCGGCAGGGCGCCGAAGGGUGGACAAAUCAAAGUCAGAAUCAUGCUCCCCAUGACGAUUUGCUGCAACACGUGCGGCGAAUUCAUCUGCAAGGGCACGAAAUUCAACGCGCGCAAGGAGGACGUCAAGGGCGAAGACUACUUGGGAAUACAAAUAUUUAGGUUUUACUUUCGAUGCACGCGAUGCAGCGCGGAGUUGGCGAUGAAGACGGACCCGAAGAACGGGGACUACGUCGUCGAAGCCGGGGCGUCGCGAAACUUUGAGGCGUGGAAGGACACGACGGAGGAAGAUGAGGCGAAAGCGCGCGCGGAUGAUGAGGAAAAUAACGAGAUGCGGCGAUUGGAGAAUCGAACGGAGGAGAGUAAACGAGAGAUGGAUAUCAUGGCGGCGUUGGACGAGAUGCGGUCGCUCAACGCGAGACACGCCGGAAUAUCGAACGCGGACGCUUUGAACGCGAUGACGGCGAAUACGAGAACGGAUAAGGAGAGG